AUGGACUAUUUCACAGCCAAUGACAAGAUGAGUAUUACCAGCUUUGGCAAAAUUGUUCAGGAAGGAUUGGAAAUUAGAAUGACACCUUCAAGGAGCAUGGAUAGAUACCACAGGGUAGAGAAGCCUCGGAAUGGCACACCAAUCAGCCAGAAUGAGAUCAGGAUCACUACUCAGGGGAGGAUGAGGAACUACAUCAGCUAUGGGAUGUCACUGCUUGAGGAAAAUGGACAUGAUGAGAUUAGUAUCAAGGCCAUGGGACGGGCCAUAAAUAAGACAGUUAUGGUUGUUGAAUUGAUCAAGAGAAGGGUUGGAGGUCUUCAUCAGAACAAUGCUACUGAAUCUGUUGAUAUCACAGACACAUGGGAACCUUUGGAAGAAGGCCUUCUCCCACUAGAGACAACUCGCCAUGUGUCGAUGAUCACUGUGACAUUGUCAAAGAAGCCUCUGGAUACAUCAUCUCCAGGAUACCAACCACCUAUCCCAGCUGAAGAGGUGAAACCUGCUUUUGACUAUGAUCAUGAAGAAUCGUAUCCCACUGGUCGUGAAAGAGGACGUGGUGGUGGGAGAAGAGGCAGGGGAAGAGGUAUGAGCAAUGGCCCCCCACCACCUGCUUAUGGUUACAAUGAUGAGUGGGUGGAGGAAGGAGAUUAUUACAACAGAGGGCGUGGGAGAGGAAGGUCACGUGGACGUGGAGGGAGAGGCCGUGGUGGCUACUAUGGAGGUGGGAGAGGCCGUGGUGGCUACGGUUAUGAUUAUGGCUAUGGCCCAAGAGGCGGGUACUAUGAAGAGCAAGAUGAAUACUAUGAUGAGCCCGAAGAAUAUGCCCCUCCCCCUGGCCGUGGGCGUGGCAGAGGAAGAAGGGGGAUGCCUUGGCGCGGGCGUGGUGGGCGUGGGCCACCGCGCGGCGGCCGAGGAGGCUACUACUAG